GCGCAUGUUCCCGGUGCGCAUGCGUAAUUUGUCCUUUUGCAUUGAACUCCUGAAAACAUGGCGACUCCGGCCAAAGUGGGCAAGCCAGAGGGGAAAAACAAUCAUGAUAACGCAGACGAACAAGCUGGUGAGAGAACAAUGAAUAAAGAACAGCAAGAGGCCAUAGAGCAGAUAGAUGAAGUUCAGAAUGAAAUCGACAGACUGAAUGAACAGGCCAGCGAAGAAAUUCUCAAAGUUGAACAAAAGUACAACAAGCUACGACAACCAUACUACUCCAAAAGAUCAGAUCUAAUAGCAAAAAUACCCAAUUUCUGGGUGACGGCUUUUGUAAAUCAUCCGCAGAUAUCUGCAUUAUUAAAUGAAGAAGAUGAGGAAGCUUUACAAUUUCUCUCAAAAGUUGAAGUUCAGGAGUUUGAAGAUAUAAAAUCUGGAUACAAAAUCAACUUUUAUUUUGAUAAUAACCAAUACUUUGAAAAUGAUGUUAUAUCAAAAGAAUUUCACCUGAAUGAAACGGGGGAGCCGUCAUCAAAGUCAACACCCAUUAAAUGGAAGAAUGGAAAGGACCUCACAAAAAAAUCAAGUACACCAAGCAAAGGAGGGCGGAAACGAAAUCAUGAAGAACAGGAGUCUUUCUUCUGUUGGUUCACGGACCACGGGGAUGCUGGGGCUGAUGAAUUAGGAGAAGUCAUUAAAGAUGACAUCUGGCCAAAUCCACUACAGUACUAUCUGGCAUCAGAGAUUGAAGAAGAUGGAGGAGAUGAAUUAGAUGAGGAAGGCAUGAUGGAUGAAGAGGAUGAGGAAGAUUUUGAAGGUGAAGAAGAGGAAGGUGAAGGAGAGGAAGAUGGGGAGGAGGAUGGGGAUGAUGGAGAAGAGGAGGGAUGAGCUGCCAUGGGAACCAUAAUUCAUUGUUAUCAUUCUUUUAUACCAUGAGACAGUUGUUGACAUGUCAUCUUUACAUAUUCUCAUGAUUUUUCAUUGUGCAUUAAGUAGAAGAUAGAUGUCUUGGGUGUGUCAUAACAUUACCAGUCUGAUUGUUUGUAAAUUCUUUUUUGAUACAAUUUUUUCAUGUUCAUUAAGGGAUUUCUUUUAGUGUUGUGAAUAUAAUUUACUGAAAUAUUUACAAGGCAUUUUUAAAGGAAAAUAGAUUUCAACUUAUGCAGACAGGUCAUUGUAAUGGAACAAGUGCUUUGAUAAUUAGGAAUUUACAUUAAAUGGUGUUAAAGACUAUUUGGACCAUUCUCUUUGGAUUUAAAUUUACUUGUAUAUGUCUCAGUUCCUCUCUGGAUCAUUUCUCCAUUGUGUGGGGGUGUUGACCAAGGCAUGCCAGGAUCAAACAUUUUGUGCAGUCAUAAGUCAUGUCUUUUUUCUGUUCAAAUGUCAAGAACUUGCAAAAUAAAAUUUGCAUGUAUUUUUA